ACUCUCGUACUACGCUAAACUAAAAACACUCAAAAUGUACAAAUUGAUUACUUUGUUCGCUGUCUUCGCUUUGGCUGCUGCCAAACCAGGAUACCUCAGCACUCACUUGGCUGCUGCUCCAGCUAUCUCAUACGCUGCCCCAGCUUUGGCUACCUCAUACGCCGCCCCAGCCAUCUCAACCUACGCUGCCGCUCCAUUGGCUACCUCAUACGCCGCUCCAGCUGUCGCUUAUGCUGCUGCCCCAAUCGCCCACUCAUACGCUGCCCCAAUCGCCCACUCAUACGCUGCCCCAUUCGCCCACUCAUACGCUGCCCGAGCCUGGUAAACUUUGAAAUUGGAUGAUACCAUCAAUCCAUCUACAUAAGAUCCAGAAUGAAACUUCUUGUGUUGACAAAAUAAAAGCGUUAUUAUACAAG